CAGGUAAGUCGUGCUGCUGCUGCCAGAGACGGUGCUGACCUGUCCCAGCUGUGAUUCCUCUGAUCGUCGUCAGCCGGCUUCUGGUCACACUCGUCCGAUCACUCGCCACUCGACUGAAACCCAGCCACUCGAUGUCCAUCCUCGUCAAGUGGGGACGGGAGAGGCUCCACGUCCCCCUUCCCCCACCACAUACAAAGCUCGCACUCCUCCGUCACUCCCUUGCAGAGUACACACAGCUCCCUGAACAUGCUUUCAAGCUCGUACACGCAGGUGCCGUCAUGAAAGAUGACUCUGCACCAAUCUCCUCAUACUCCAUCCGCCAGAACUCUACCAUCGCCAUCAUCGGUGGCUCUGACCUCCCACCUCACAACCGUCCUUCCGCAAUCCCUAAAAAACAACCAGAGCCAAAAACAGAGCAAGGCACCAUCUCACAGAUACGCUCAGAACUCGACAAAGUUCGCAACACCCUCGUCCCUUCCGUAGAUAUUUUUCUCUUCGCUAUACAAAACGAUGUCAUCGUCUGGCCCCCUCAAAACGGUUCAGCUCCUUCAAACACCGCCCUCGCACCACUCCCUCCUCUCCAGACUCCCACUCUCGAACACACCCGCCUCGCAGAACUCCUCCUCCAGUCUCUCCUCCGUCUCGACGCUAUCACCGCAGACGGUUCCUGGACAGAUGCUAGACUUGAGAGAAAGGGUGCGGUUAAAGAAUGUCGGCAGAGGCCUAGUCCAAUAGAGCUUUACAACAUCCGCAGUUCUAUGCAAUUUUUCGUCCUCAUUACGUCGCAAGACCGCUAUCGAUCUUCUCGAACCAUGGUACUCGCAGGGACCACACCGAUCAGAGCCAAUGGCGCUCGAGACUUGAGUAUGUUCAAUGUUUGCCAAUCAGAGUCUAGAAAUAGCCAAGGGCAUGGCCCAAGCGUGGACAUCGCCUCGGCGCUUCUUGCAUGGGAAAACAACCCUGGGCCUUCUACUGGAUUCUUCAACCAGGCUCAAAAUCCCAUCAUCAGUGGGAGCAAUCUCGUCGAUAUUGGUGGGACCAUGAAUACUACUACUAUUAUCACAAACAUGAACAACCCUACUGGCGCUUUGCCUAAGGAUCAAGCGGGUGUUCCUCGGUUCACCAACGCUCCUGUGGACCUUUUAUCUCCAAAUUUUAUGGGGCGGGACAAAGAGCUCGAACAGCUCAGAAAAUUAUUCGAUGCGAGCGAGCUUAAGGGCGACGUACCUAUUCGAUGUGUCGUCCAUGGAAUGCCUGGACUGGGGAAAACUCAGUUAGCCUUACAGUACUGCAACUCGGAGUAUGUAAAGAAACGUUUCUCACACGUGUUUUGGAUGUCAAGCACCACGACCGACAAGCUUCAAGCUGAAUUUGAGAAACUUUUUGGUGUUGUUUGCCACUCAAAUGGAGGCAAUAUUAAAUCGGAUGACAAGUUUGUAGCUGUACGCCGCUGGCUGGAGCAGUCUGGUCCCGCUAUGUGGCUCAUGGUAUUCGAUAAUGUCGCCAAAGAAACUCUGGAUUUUUAUCGAGAGUAUAUCCCUCGCACCAAUGCGCAGGGGAGGAUUCUGUAUACUACACGCACGUGGGACGUCGCAAAUUUGGUGGUCAAUGCUGCAGGCAAGGUGCAUCACACUAUUGCACUUCGUGUAUUAGAUGCACAAGACGCAGCCAAGCUGUUUCUCGCUGAUGCAACUAUGGACGUAGCGGAUACUUCGGUUGCUGUUAUGGAGACUGCAAAGCAGUUGACGAGUAGUUUAGGACAGUUGCCUCUGGCCAUAGUCCAAGCAGCGUCAUUCAAGAGGAACUCACCACAAAGUAUAGAACAGAUAUUGUCGCUGCUAAAAAUUCCGGCUAGCAAAUUGGCGGCAAGUAUUGUCGUCGAAUGGGAAAACGACCUUAGUGUUUAUGAGCAGAAGUCUGUCUCUGCUGUGUUCAGUAGUCUUUGGGACCGCCUGAACGACAGUGAUCCUGUGGCUGGUCAUUUUCUCAAGCUAUUGUCGUUUUUUGACCCAGAGAGUAUCGAGCUAAAGAUCAUUUCUGAUGGAGCUCAAAAGCUGCUUACUUCCGAAUCACAGCCAGUGAUCGCUGUAUCGUCUACAGGCUUAGGUAACAGACCUGCGCAAACGAAGUUGCGUUUGGUGAACAAGCUGUUGAAGAAACUUCAUGUGAAAGGGAAACAAAGGAUUGUACCCAGCGGUAGCGGGUCAAAUACUACAGAUACCUUGACCCCUCCCAAAAGCUCGAUUACGAGCUCACUUAUCUCGGUGAUGAGUACUCCUACCGAGUUGUGGAAGGCUGUUAAGCUGCUACGGAGCAUGUCGCUGGUUGACCGCCAUGGCUCAGAUGGUGCUGUGUUGCGUAUUCAUGAUUUAGUCAGUUUCAUGACUAGAGAAAUGACGAAAAAAAACGACAACUGGGCCGAGUUAUUUGAUUGCGCCGUCAAGUUUAUUGGCUAUGUUAGGAAUGAUAUCAAGGAUGAUUGGUCACCUUUGUGUUGGUCUGAAUGGGAUAGGAUUGCAUCACAUGUACGUUCACUGGUGCUCUUAGACAACGGACUGCAAGAGAGAAACAUGACAUUAGUACGUGCAGCAACAGGCAUGGCUAGUUACAUGUCAAGCAAGGGCAGGUUUAAUGAAGCAAUGGCAAUGUUUGACCAGAUGAUGAGAAUUCAAGAGAUUCGGCUCGGACAUAAUCAUCCAUCCACAUUGACAACCAUGGAUAGUUUGGCAUCAGUAUAUCUCAGUCAAGGAAAAUAUAACGAGGCUGAGGCAUUAUAUGGGAGAGUCCUGGCUAGUAGAGAGAUGGUUCUUGGUGCUGCACAUCCAUCCACAUUAGCAACUAUGGAUAAAAUAGCAUCAGUGUAUCAUGGGCAAGGAAAAUAUAAUGAGGCUGAGGCAUUAUAUGGGAGAGUCCUGACUAGUAAAGAGAUGGUCCUUGGUGCUGAACAUCCAUCCACAUUGAUAACUGUGAAUAAUUUGGCAUCGGUGUAUCAAUGGCAAGGAAAAUAUGAUGAGGCUGAGGCAUUAUAUGGGAAAGUCCUGGCUAGUAGAGAGAUGGUUCUUGGUGCUGAACAUCCAUACACAUUAACAACUAUGCAUGAUAUAGCAUUAGUGUAUAACAUGCAAGGAAAAUAUAAUGAGGCUGAGGCUUUAUAUGAGAGAGUCCUGGCUAGUAGAGAGAUGGUCCUUGGUGCUGAACAUCUAUACACAUUGGCAACCAUGCAUAAUUUGGCAUUAGUGUAUCUCAACCAAGGAAAAUAUAAUGAGGCUGAGGCAUUAUAUGGGAGAGUCAUGGCUAGUAGAGAGAUGGUCCUUGGUGCUGAAAAUCCUGACACAUUGACAACCAUGACUAAUUUGGCAUCAGUGUAUCACAGGCAAGGAAAAUAUAAUGAGGCUGAGGAAUUAUAUGGGAGAGUCCUGCCUAGUGAAGAGAUGGUCCUUGGUGCUGAACAUCCUGACACAUUGACAACCAUGAAUAAUUUGGCAUCAGUGUAUUGCAGUCAAGGAAAAUAUAAUGAGGCUGAGGCACUAUAUGGGAGAGUCAUGGCUAGUGAAGAGAUGGUCCUUGGUGCUGAACAUCCUUACACAUUGACAACCAUGGGUAACUUGGCAUUAGUGUAUGGCAGGCAAGGAAAAUAUAAUGAGGCUGAGGCAUUAUAUGGGAGAGUCCUGACUAGUAAAGAGAUGGUCCUUGGUGCUGAACAUCCAUCCACAUUGAUAACUGUGAAUAAUUUGGCAUCGGUGUAUCAAUGGCAAGGAAAAUAUGAUAAGGCUGAGGCAUUAUAUGGGAGAGUCCUGGCUAGUAGAGAGAUGGUUCUUGGUGCUGAACAUCCUGACACAUUGGCAACUAUGGGUAACUUGGCAUUAGUGUAUGACAGGCAAGGAAAAUAUAAUGAGGCUGAGGCAUUAUAUUGGAGAGUCCUGGCUAGUGAAGAGAUGGUCCUUGGUACUGAACAUCCUGAGAUGGGCAACCAUGCAUAA